AUUUGGGUUUGUGGGAAAUGCUGUAAUAGUGAAAGUAGAUGGAGAAUUCUGUGAUGGAGAGGCAAGAUUUGUUCCAUUCAAAAAAGGGCAUUCACGAGCUCCAUGAGUGGCUUGAUCACACAGUUGACAAGUCAAAGUUUGUGGCAUAUUUGGAGGGCAAAAGCAUCAGUGCCUGGGUUCCUCGAACCCAGGCGCAGGUUCCUCAAACCCAGGUGCUGGGUUCCUUCGAAGGAACCCAGGGCCUGGGUUCAGGGAACCAGGCAAACCCAGCACGCCUGGGUUCGAGGAACCCAAGCCUGGGUUCGAUGGAACCCGCGCCUGGGUUCGAGGAAGAUAGGAAAGAUGUGAGGAAGAUACUGAAAUGCAAGGACAGUGAUGCGGGCCAAAGAGGAAGAGCUUUGGAAGAUUUGCGAGCUUCUAUAUUUAACAAAUUUCGUCCAUCUGAAAGCGCAAAAACUCAACAGCAAAGAAUUUGGGGUCUUGUUUCAGCUUUCACAUUCAAUUUUAUGGUUACUGUUGGUAUUAUUUUCAUGAACAAAUGGGUUCUUAAAAAUGUUGGGUUCCAGUUCCCAAUAUUUCUUACUUUUAUUCACUAUUUAGUAAGCUGGGCAUUGAUGGCUGUCUUGAAAUCCUUCGAAGGAACCCAGGCGCUGCGGUGGAGCCCACAAAUAAAAUUGGUAGCAGGUAGACUUCCCGCUCAUGGGGUUCCAAGUUGGCAUGCCAAGUUGUCAAAAAAGUCUGAGUUGGCAUUGACAUGUGCAUACUUGACGGAGGCCAAUGGUGCACGUGCUACACGUGACGCUUCGGCGUUAAAUUUUGCUUCAUUUCCUCAAACUCGAAAAUAUUGAGGGUAAAAAUCCAUGUAUUGUAAUAUGGAGGAUAAAAACCCUCAAAUUUGAAAAGUUAAAGGGCAAACGAGUACCUUUUGCCAUAUUUGGAGUGGGUAAUAAUGGCAAUAAAAAGGCUCCAUGUCC